GCGCAAGCGAAGGGCGGGGACCGCCGAAGGAGUGUGUGACUUAGGCAUCCAGCGCACUGCCUGACCCGAAGUACCGACCCGAGUUAUGCCCACCCUCCAACUUUGCGAUGGAAAUGUGUCAUCGAAAGCCAGGUACACCAGGGGUUGGAAAAACCACACUAGGCAAAGAACUUGCGUCAAAAUCAGGACUGAAAUACAUUAAUGUGGGUGAUUUAGCUCGAGAAGAGCAAUUGUAUGAUGGCUAUGAUGAAGAGUAUGAUUGUCCCAUUUUAGAUGAAGACAGAGUAGUUGAUGAGUUAGAUAACCAAAUGAGAGAAGGUGGAGUUAUUGUUGAUUACCAUGGUUGUGAUUUCUUCCCUGAACGCUGGUUUCAUAUAGUUUUUGUGCUGAGAACAGAUACCAACGUAUUGUACGAAAGACUUGAAACAAGGGGUUAUAAUGAGAAGAAACUAACAGACAAUAUUCAGUGUGAGAUUUUUCAAGUUCUUUAUGAAGAAGCCACGGCAUCCUACAAGGAAGAAAUCGUGCAUCAGCUGCCCAGUAAUAAACCAGAAGAGCUAGAAAAUAAUGUAGAUCAGAUCUUGAAAUGGAUUGAGCAGUGGAUCAAAGAUCAUAACUCUUGACUUAUAAGGCUAGCUACUUAAUAAUCACUCUUGUUGAUAUCUCUGCCGACAUCAUAGAAAUUGUUCAAGUAUCAGUAACACUUUAUUAAAAUCACGUUGCAGGACCAGCAGGUGGAUAGUAUAUAGGUUUAUGCCUGUGUUUCUUUUUCUCCAUGAGAAAGCUAAACAUGAAAUAUAAUGAAUAUAGUAUUAUUAAGGAUUGAGACAAAAACUGUGAUUUUAAUACUUAAAUUGCUAAAGAAUAAAUAAAUCUGACAAAAUGGGUGGAUAUCUUUUAAGUUUAUUACAGAAAAAAAUGCAGAUGAUCUCUUAAAAUAAAACUAAAGAUAAAGCAA